AUGCCGAUGAGUGACGGAAAAGAUGUAGCCUACGCAUUGUUGAUCGUGCUUAAUGAUAAUAAAGCGGAGACACAAUCAAAUUUUUCGGUGACGGCUAUCCAAAAAUAUCAACUCUCAGAUGAUGACAAACUGAUAGCACUGGAUGAGCACAACAGACUGCGAGACAGUCUGGAGGGGGAGGACAGACACGGGGAGGAGUUCCAGGGCUUCCCGGUGGGCAUGAACAAACUGGAGUGGGACGAAGACUUGGAACAAACUGCACAGGAGGUGGCUGACCAGUGCAAGAAGAAACAUCUGAGCUACAGAGGUCCCUUGUUUGAACAACUGGAGUUAGAGAUGGGUUCCAUAGGGGAGAAUUUGGCCUACGGGUCCCAAUACAAACCAGCCAGGGAUGUUGGGGACUACGUGAGGUCGUGGUACUCGGAGAUAAAACACUUCGACUGGAACACUCUCGAAUGCACCCCCUCGUUCAAAUGUCUCCACCUCACCCAGAUGCUGUGGGGGGAGAGUGAAUACCUGGGGUGUGCCCAGAAGAAGUGCACCUCCACCUGGAAGAGUGGGAAGACCAAAGUGUGGACCAACUUCGUCUGCCACUACAGUCCAGCCGGGAACUGGUGGGGGGAGUUGCCAUUCGGGGUGAAUCCGGCUCGGGAUCCGAUUGCGAUGUGUCCGAACGAGGGGAAUCAGAUUGACAAUGUGUACUCUAACUUGUGCACUGGUGCCUGA